AUGGUGAAUCAAACCCCCCACAUCGUCAUCUUAUCCUACGAUGAAAAGAAGAUAAACAAAUUGGUGUCACAUUUGAUGAGCAUAUUUGAACCCCUGGAGAGUUACGAAAAGGCAGAUACGUAUAAGCUCACCUUUGACCGGAAUGAUUUUCACAAGGUGGCCAAGGUGGCCAUUGUGAAUAAGUACUACAGCGCGGAGGUCACUAUUUCUUCCUGCGUGGUUCAAUCUGGGGAGCAUGUCAUUUGUGCAAAGGCAAAUCUGCCAAAUGGGCCUAAUCUGCCAAAUGUGCCGAAUGUGCCAAAUAUGGAAGGGGGUGAUGAAGCGAACCCCGAGUCGCAGAACCGGGCCAAGGAACUAGACGCUAGGGAUAUCCUCUGUGAAAGCGUCAUAUUCCUCUUUAACAAUUUCAGCGAAAAGGAAAAAAAACUCGUUAAUGUAAACCCAUUUAGGAACUAUGAUGAGGAGUGUGUAGAAUACGUUAAGGAUCCGGAGAGCCAACAAAUGAUACGAAAUGCCAAUUUUGAUUUUUCAAAUCUAUAUAAAUAUGUGGGGGUUAAAAUUGCCAUUUUUCCUUCAUCUCUUGAAAAAGACAAUAAAGAUAUUGUUAAUUUUUUUAGCGACUAUUUUAUUGAAUGUUUGUACAUAAAUUAUGAAUCGGAUUUUUUGGCAGAAGGUGAUGAUGAACAGGGGGAGAGGAAUUCCAACUGUACAGAUGAGGGAAACCAAAAUGUAAAAGAGGAGGAAAACACUCAGUUACGAGAAUUUGAAGAACAAGAAGAUGACGAAAGGUUGAUAGAAGCGCUGCACUGUCAUAUGUGGAAGGGGCUGCAGAUUAAACGGGACCAUUUGAUCAUUCAGCAUAGGGGGGAUUUCUCGAUGAACGAAACCUUCAAGGGUGAUGAAGCUGCCCCAAGCGGGGAGAAACCCCCCCAGGGUGAUAAAACUGUGCCAAAUGGGGAGAAGACUCCCCUGAGUGAUAAAACUGUGCCAGGCGGAGCGGCCAAAAUUGAUCCAAACGGAACCGUGGAGAACGGUGCCAAGACCUCCGAAGGACAGAAAGAAAAACUGUUCAUGGAAAACUUCAACAAAAUUGUGGAAAAAAUAAGAGUAGCAAAAAUGGAAAAUAAAAAUUGCAGUAGCCAUUCUGCACGGAGAAAAAAAGCGGAAGAAAUUAUUUUCGAACUGCAGCAGUAUUUCUGUGACAUUGAUGAGGAGUAA